UCUUCAUUCCAAAUCGUCUUCAUUCUCCAGACUCCGUUGUGUAUUUUGUAUUCAAUGUGGCCGGUAUUAGUUUGAUUUGGUUUUAUCAACGGAAUAAAAAUUAUUGCCAGAAAAUGGGUGUUUUGAAAUCUAUUCUGUUAAUUGUGUAUCUCAUUCCAAUCGGAUCGAUGGCACAAUUUCGCAUCGUUGGUCUAUUGAAUGUGGAGGAUUCAAAACCAAAUGGAAAUAGUGUUUCAACGUAUCAAUCGAAUGCUCAAGGUCGAGGAUUCAGUAUCGAUGAAGGCCUGAAAAAGUUUUUAAUUCGCCCGAAAAACAUCAUUCGAGUUCACCUUAUUGACGAUGUCCAGCCGAGUGAUCUAAUUCCCGAAACGGAUAACAUUCUCAUGAUUCGACGACAAAAGCCAAAAGUUAAACCACCGAUUGGCUCUGUUCACAGUGCAAGCAAUGUAAUUACGAAAAUUCCGUCGAAGUCAGAAAAAUUAUUCUACCGAACAAAGCGGCCACAGCAACGGCCAGCAUUUCAACUCACCAACAAAUAUCAGCACAAAUUCAACAGUGUAAUUCCGGAAUCAGCGAAUCGGUCACCAGUUCAUAGCCCAGUUCAAUCAACGAAACGUCACAAAGCAAUUAAGCGCAAUAAUUAUAAAUCGCGAUGCCGUUGCGAACGCAUCUCAAACUGUCCACGUAUCCAAAUUUCGGUGACACGAUGUGAACCAAACUAUUUUCUCUGUUGUUUUUAA